AGAAGCCAAAUCCAAAGCCAUAGCCAAAGUCUAAAAAUAAGCAACGCAAUCGAAGCCAGCAGAGAUGUAUGAACCCGAGGCGGAAUCGGACGAGGAUUGCGAAGUCUACUUCCUCAAGCCCGUCAACGAGUACAACAUUGUGGACAAGAUCAAGGAGGCCAACAAGGAGCUCUUCGCUCUGGAUGCGGACGAUGACGGCGAUGCAAAUGAUGCUAAGGAUGCAACGACUGCGGCCAGCAGCCGCAAGGUAACUUUUGCUCUCAAUCUGGAGAACUAUGAGCCGACAUCGCAGCAAGAAACCCAGCUGCCCAGUCCACCAGAUGAGCUAUUGCAGCAGCUGGCGCAGCUGAAGCUCAAGCCAAAUCACGAACGUUUUGCGCCAAUUGCCGAGGAGCCAGCCAAAGAGCAGGAGAAGACCGCUGAGCUACAGCUACAAGAGUCGCAGUUGCAUGAACAGCAGAUAGAAGUGGAGCCAGAGGAGGAGGACGAUGAAAUAUGCGAAGAAAUUUUGGAAUUAACCGAAGUGGAAGUCAGCAGCAGCAGCGCUACCAAAGGCGAACAGAUGCCGGCAACUGUGUCCACUGCCAACAUGGACUACGAGGAUGAUGUGGCCGACGAAAACGAUGACGACGAUUUUUCGGGCGUGGAUGAGGAUGAUUUGACGGCAGCACCCGAAACGCUGGCCAACGAGACACAGAAGCGUCGCAUAAGUCGCCAGAAUACAUUUGAUUGCAAUUACGAGCCGACCGAAGGCGAGUCGGAUCAACGCAGUCUGACCAAUUUGCUGACCGAAUCCGAUUGCGAGGAGGAUGAACGUGCCGUGAACGAGGCGCGCUUGAAAUUGCGUGAAGCCUACAAGAGUCUAUACAAAACGCUGGAUACUAAUGGCCAGGCACAACUCAAUCGAUUGACAUCGAGUGGCAAUGAAGCCGCCGAUGUGGACGAUGAUGAUGAUCUGUCCAUUAUUGCCGCCAACUAUAUACCCGAUGACUUUGAAUUGAACGAACGUAGCAUUUAUUACAAGAAGGACGAUGAAACGCACCAGAACCAACAGCCACAGCAGCAGCAACUGCGAACAACAUCGCCGAUUAGUAGCAACACCAUUAGCAGCACCAGCACUAAAACAUUCUUCAAUUCCCGCCGCUUUAGCUUUCGGCGACGUGCUCGCGCCACGCCCAGUGUCUCGUCCAGCAGCACAACAGCAGCGCCAGAGAUCAAGAUGAACUAUAAGAUCUGCUGUGAGCAUCGACAUGCGUUGCAGGACAAGCUGCCCAAGUACACGGGCUACAUGUCCGAGUACGGUUUGAGUGCCAAGCAGUUGCAGCAACGCGAUCAACAGCUGCGACGUAAGCAACGCUUCAGCAUGGAACAAACGUUGAAUCGCAACGAGCAUGAGCUGAAGAAGAUGCAGGACAAUGAGCGUGCCUUUACCACCUGGCUGAAGAACAAGAUGCGCUAUCCCAUCAACAAGACACGCAACAUGUUCGAUACGACACGAAGGAGAGCAAGUGUGGCUGCCGUCAACAGUCCCAAUCCGCACCAGAAACAUCAGAGACAGCAUUCGCAGCAAGAGCAAGCGGUGAAUCGACGUCGCGACAGCAUUGAGGUGCAUCCAUAUAGGCAUCUGUUGGGCAGUUGGAAUAAGUAGAUAUAUAUAAAUAUAUAUAUGUAA